AUGGCCAGGCCAACCAUCGUGCCCACGAGCAUCAGGGCGACCGCGCCCGAGGCCUUCGCGGUGCUGCAGCUGAGGAUGAGGGCGGUGGAAGAGCAAACCAGCGCACUGGUGCGAGACGUGGAGGCGCUCGGCGUUGAUGGGCAGAGCCUUGGUCAUUUCCACUCAAAGACCUCAGAAACACCUGCUUGUCACCCAGCCAUUAGCCCUGUGCAGGCCAAGGUAGCCUUUGUGGGAGAAAAUACGCUGUGGAAAAACUGUGAAACAUUGGUGAAUCGAAUGUGCCGGUUAGAGAGUGUUGUACAGACACUGAAAUUAAACAUCUUCCGGCUGCAGACAGAAAAGGAACUGAAUCCAAAGCAUGCAGCCCAGCUGGAGCAGCGCCUAAGUGCAAUCCACAAGGAGCAUUUGCAAGAAAUGAAGAUUGUGCAGCAAGAAGCAAUGAAGUUGCGCCAACACCUAAGUGAUAUGAAAGAGGCUGAAGAAAAAGCAAAAGAAGUUCAGAGACUGAGUACUGCUCUGGAGAUUACAACUGCACCCAAGGUGCAACAGAUAGUGAUUGCAGCUGAGGAACUGAGGAACAUGAAGCAGAAAAUUAACUGUAGACUUCAGGAGCUAAGAGAACAGCUGUCCCAGGAGAUCAGUUUGCGGGAGUCUUUGGAGGAGUCCCAAGCAACUGUGAUGUGUCAUGUACAGGACAUGGAAACAACAGUAGAAGCAGAACGGAAGCAGGUACAGAUAUUACAGCAGAACUGCCAAGAGUUGCGUAAAGAUGUCCGGCUAGCCCGAGUGAGGCAGCAAGAGGAGGAGGAAAGAACUGCCCAGCUGGAGCAACAGUGCGCACAACUGAAAGCUGAGCUGGACUCCAGGAACUGUAUCAUUUCCCAGCUUGGUGAAGAAGCGAAAAAUGCACAGCUGUCCUUUAGCAAACAGUGCAAAGAGAACCUGCAACUUCAGUCUAAAAUGACCACCCUGCGAGAAACAGCAGAGAAAGUACAGGUCCUUAAUGAGCACUUAAGCCAGCAAUGCUCAGAGCUCAGCAGCACACUCCGAAGUGUUGCCAUGCAGAAUGCGAAACUCAUUUCAGAUCAUCAGACCAUGCUUAAGGCAGAACAAGAAAAGACUCAUAAGCUGCAAGAGCAAGACUCGCUUCUGAAUGCUGCCCGUCCCAACAGUCUCGGAGAGCUGCAGAGCAUGCAACGUGAGAGGGCUCAGCUUCAAAGAGAGCUGGAGGCCCUGUGUACAGAGCAUGGCAAAUGCAGGCAGAAGGUAAGCCUAGCCGAGGAGGCAGCAACCAGGCAGAGACAGGUUUUGAAAUGUACUGUUGCUAGACUGCAAGGUGAACUUGAGACAGCUUUGCAGGAGAAAGCAUCUCUGCUGGCAGAAAAGGAUCUUCAACAGGAGAUAAGGACAACAGCAAAUGAAACAAUACAGAAAAGGAACAAAUUGGAAGUAGAAAAGACAGAGAAUGAGCUAGAAAUUACUUCAAUGAAAUUCACUUUGCAAACACUAGAGGAAGAGAACAAGAGGCUAUUGGAUCACUUGGCUGCACUGGUACAUGAGCAGUAUGCCCAGCAGGAGGUGCAGCAGGUGCUGGCAGAGCUGAGUGACAGCAAGAAUAAACUGACCCAUGACAAAGGAGAACUUCAGAUGGCAGACCUGCAGGACCAGCUGGAUGCAGCUAAGGAUGGUAACAGUAAAGUGACAGCCAUGCUGCAGCAUGUGUUAGCUUCUCGUAACAAGAUGCAAGCAGCUCUGGAUGUGGUACAAACUGAGCUGGGACACAAGGACACUGAAAUUAGCAACCUCAGAAAAGACAAGAGCCAGGCUCAACAGAAAAUACAGAGGUUAGAAGCAGAAUUGGAGCAUUGCCAAGCCAAACUGGUUGCCAUGGAAAGGCAGCACAGCAGCCAGGUAGAGACCGCAUUUUUCAUGGUGGAACCAUUUUGUAAGGUACUAGAAAGUGGUAGAACAGACAAGAAAGUUGUUCUUCACUUGGAAGAAAUUCUGCAGGUCAAUAAUACCCUGCAGAGCAAGCUGAUCCAAACUCGUUAUGAAGUGAAAAGUAAAGAAACUGAGCAUCAACAGCUGAUGGUCUGCAGGGAACAGUUAAUGGAAGAAGCCAAGACUGAGGGAAAGAUGUAUGCUGAACACUUAAAGUCUUUGAAGAAGCAGUUUCAAACUGAACAAGAGGCUUCUGGGAAAAAAGCCUGUCAAGAAUCCACUGAGGUGAGAAGGGUUUCCCAUGCUAACAGGGAACUGCGGCAGAAAGUAAUAGAGCUGGAAAAGUCUUUGUCCAGUUACAGGGAAGAGCUAAAAAGCCAAAGAGCUCCAGUCAGACAAUGCCUGGCCUGUAAAGCUAACAGAGAAAGGGUGAAGGAGACUGAAUCUGAGCUGAGGAAAAUAGAAGGAAUAAAAGAGGAGUAUCAGAAGAAGAAUUAUGAACAAUCACAGGACAUCCAGAAAUUUGUGUCAGAGUUGAAAAGUGUGCAGAGCAAGUUGCAAGUGUUGGUAAAAAAACAACAUGAAGUGCAAGUGCAGAACAGGCAGCUGGAGACCCAGCUGGAAGUGGAGAGAAGGCAAAGGCAGCAGCUGGAAAAUGAAUGUCAGAAACUGGAAAAAACAGUCAAACAUCUGAAGAAAUAUAAAGAGGAGACAGAGAAGAAACUGAAGGAAGCCAGCGUAGAGUCAGAACAGAUCACAACUAGCCUAGAAGCAGCUCACCGUUGGUUCAUAUCAAAGUUCGACAGCCUGCAGCUAGAGGUUGUGAAAAAACACCAGCCAGAGAACCUUGAAGAGAGCAGCUCUAAAAAGGAGCAAUGA